UUGAGGGCAGCGUUUUCAAUGUAGAAGGUUUGAUUUGACAUGAAACGUUGACGUGAACUGAACAUUUCUACCUGUCUGAACACUGACCUUUGACCUGAGGUUAGGUCAAAGGUCAGCCACACCAAAUAGGGUGUGGCUGUAGGCUAAAGGUUUUAUUCAGAGCAGCUGUAAAUAUCUUCUCAGAGGAGCUCGACUUGACACACCUGCUGUAGUAAACAUGCACAGAGAGGAAAUGAUGUGUGCGUUGAAGCUCCGCCCACCUCCGUCAAGCAGACAAACAGGAAGCAGUUUUCCUUUCUUGCUUCUUACUGAAGUCAAACUCCAAGAAAACAGCUGAAAGAUUCACUUCAAUGGCAUAAACUGGAGACGGGGACAUGGAGACACGGGGAACUGGGAAAUACUGGAUUUGAACUCCUUCAACCUGAAAAGCUACAACCUGGGAGAGCUCAGCUCAAAGUGAAAGUAACUCUCCGCCUUCCCUCCAGAGGAGCCUGCUUUGUCUUCAGCCGCAUUCAGAGACAACAUGUCCUCCAGGCCUGAGGAGGAUCUGUCCUGCCCCAUCUGCCAGGACAUCUUUAAGGACCCGGUGGUUCUGACCUGCAGCCACAGCUUCUGCAGAACCUGCCUGCAGACCUGGUGGAGGGGGAAGACAACGCAGGAGUGUCCCUGCUGCAAGAGGAAGUCGUCCCGCAGCGACCCGCCUCGCAACCUGUCCUUAAGGAACCUGUGUGAGGCCUUCAUGGCCGCCGCGUCGGAGCAUCUCUGCACUCUGCACUCUGAGAAGCUCAAGAUCUUCUGCCUGGACCACCAGGAGCCGGUGUGCGUCAUCUGCCGAGACUCCAGGAUCCACAGCGGGCACCGGUUCCGGCCCGUGGACGAGGCGGCGCAGGAGCACCGGGAGGAGCUGCAGAAGAUCCUGAAGCCUCUGCAGGACAAGCUGGCCGCCCUGCAGGACGCCAAAGCAGAUGGGGACCAAACCCUGAAGUUCAUCAGGCUGCAGAGCCAGCAGACCGAGAAGCAGAUCAGGGAGCAGUUUCAGAAGCUGCACCAGUUCCUGCAGCAGGAAGAGAGGGCAAAGGUCGCCGCUCUGCAGGAGGAAGAGGCGAGGAGGAGUGGGGUGAUGAAGGAGAAGGUGGCGGCUCUGAGCAGAGAGAUCGCGGCUCUGUCAGCCACCAUCACAGCUGCGCAGGCGGAGCUGAAAGCUGCAGACGUCUCCUUCCUGAAGAACUACCAGGAAACGGUGAGGAGGGUCCAGCAGCGCCCCCUUCAGGACGACCCGCAGCCCGACCCCGGAGCACUGAUAGACGUGGUCCAACACCUGGGCAACCUGGCCUUCAACAUCUGGAGCAGCAUGAAGCGGGUCGUGUCCUACAGCCCCGUGGUUCUGGACCCGAACACAGCAGACCCUGAACUCGUCCUGUCCAGCGACCUGAGCAGCGUCCGGUCCGGAGAACGGAAGCAGCUGCCCAGGAACCCGGAGAGGACCCGGUUCUCCUGCGCCGUCCUCGGCUCGCAGGGCUUCGCCUCGGGGAUUCACGGUUGGAGCGUGGACGUCGGGGAGAACCGGGACUGGGAGCUGGGCGUGCUGGGGGACGCCGUCCAGCCGGGCGGAGCCCCGGCGGCGCAGCUGUGGAGGAUCUCCUUCUGCCACGGGAAGCUCACCGCGUUCUCCGGAUCAGAACCAGAGACGGAGCUGCCACUGAAGGCGCCGGUGAGGAAGAUCGGCGUCCAUCUGGACAUGGACAGGGGGAGGCUGUCCUUCUGCGACCGCGGCACCAACACCAACAUACACACCUUCACACACAGCUUCAGCGCCACACUGUUCCCCUACAUUUACACCGAGGACCCGGUGCCGGUCCGCCUCCUCCCGGCCAGCGUCUCGGUGAGCGUCAACAACAACGCCUGAAAAUAUCCACAGCGUGACGGGUUCAGGUUUAUGUCAGCGUUCACACACAGUUUACCAUCUCUGAGCUGAAACUCCCUCAUUCCACUGGAGAAAGUUUCUAACAUUAUAACAAUUUCCUUCCUUCUAGGAGAUCAGCUGACAUGUGAAGUCAAUCUUAUUCACCCAUCUUUUCUACCCCAGCAAAGAUCUAAAGAUCAUCCUGUGUCCUCUUCUGCUCUGCAGCGAGACCUUUGACCCCUGUCGUUUAAAGUUAACGACGGUGUUUUAAUAACAAACUAUGGAGAAAACAGUCAAACUAACAAUCCAGAAAAUAAGGACAGUUUUGGUUUUAAGCAUCCUUAACUGGAAAUUAGUGACAAAGAAAAGUCAAAAUUCAUAUAAAAAAUUUAUCACGAUAAAUGAUAAACGAUGCGAUAAAUGAUAAACUAUACUUUAACGCCGACCUUUAGACUGGAUCAAAACUUUCUACUGAAGAUCUGAAUCAGCACUGAAACUGUCUGAAAACAUAAAAAUGUUUCUUUAAUUUCCUUUAUUUGUGUUUUCUGAACUCAGUCGGACAUGAAAAUAUUUAGUUAACUCAUAUUUCGUCCAGCCUUACUCAUCUCUGUUUCCUCCAACCUUCUCGGUGAGCGGCCCGAAAGUGGUUCUGGGGUUCUGACAGGCCUUCAGGUCCAGUUCAGAAAAAGGUGGUUCUGUUAAGGGACUCAGAUCUGACAGAAACAUGUUGGGGGUUUUUUAUCUGCAGAGGUUAAAAUAAUUACAUUAUAAAUAUAAUAAAUCUGCAGGAAAAAUACAAUAAAUUUGUGGUUUUAUCUUAUUUUAAUGAAUGUGAAGGAAUAUUCAGGAUGGGGUUUCCAGUUAAUAGUUUUAUUUAGUCUCAGUUAUUUGUUUUGAUUUUAUGAUGAAAUAACGUCUGAGUCAAAAUUAUUAUCUGUUCAGUUUGAUGAUUAUUUUCCUGAUUAAGGUGAAAUUUUGUUAAAAUUUUUUGUGAAUCUUCUGUUUUUGGGAUGAAAAAAUACAAACAUAUUUAUUCAUUUAUGUAAACAAAAUAACUGAUUUCUCAUAAUUUGCUAUAAAAUGAAAUCAUUUAAAUUUUUUUUUUAUUUUUUAACAUAUUUCCAUUUGUCAGCUAAUUUUAAUGUUGGGAUGAAAAAAAUAAAAAUCAAAUAAAUUUUUUCGGCUUCGUGUUUCUUCAUUUAAUGUUAAUUUUUUUCUUAAUUAUUCGAGUUAAUUGUAAUAAUCUCCCAGCAGGAACCAUGUUUGAAUCAUGAUCUAUCGCUGACAGACCAAUCAGCUUCUGAGGAGGAAGAAUGACCCGGUUCUGGUUCUGG